AUGGGGUCUGUCGUCAGCUCGGCGGCGAACGGCGUCGGCACGUUCGUCGGGAACGCCCUGGGGGCGCCGUUCAGGGCUCUCUUCGGCGCGUCCUGCGAGGGCGUUUGCUCGGGGACAUUUGACCUGCCCUGCUUCAUCGAGCACCUCUGCUUCUCAAGCUUGGCCAGGCUCGUCGCGGUUCUCGCCGUCACCUACGUCGUGCUGUUCUUCGGGUAUCUCCUGUGCAAGCUAGGCAUCGUCAAGUGCGUGGCCAAGAACGCCUUCAAGAUGGUGUGGAAGCCCUGCUCGGCAUGCUGCCGCGCGCUCGGCGGCGCGUGCUGCCACCUCUGGCGGAAGGUGCGCGACACCAAGCGCGUCUACCGUGGCCGACGACGCGGCCGGCGGCGGGACGUCGAGCUGGGGGACCUCAGCACGAGCAGGAGCAACUACGACACGGGCUCAUCCUCCUCCUCCUCCGACUACGACGGUGAUGACCGCCGCGGGGGCGUCACGACGGCCGGCAGGUCGAGGGGGAAGUCGUCGUCGGUGCGGGAGAAGAGGAAGGAGAGGAUUCGGCAGUCCCUGCGCCUGAAGAGGGUCAACUCUAAGGUGGAGCACGCUGCGAGAGUAAGCCAGGGGAGUGGACGGCGGCACCGCCACUCGACCGGGCCGAGGGGAACGGAGGUGCCGUCCGCCAUGUCGUCCCUGCGCGUGCAUGGCUUUGGGUCGGCAGCGCGUGACCACUCGCGUGUGCACCGCCGCACAUGA